GCGGAAUUGUCAGAGGGCGCACGACGUGCGGCGGAACGCGAAAUGGAUGAACGCGAUAAUUUGCUGGACGAAGAUGCUUUACUUUAUGAGAGGGAAGAUGAGGACAUUGGACGGCGUGCGCGAAUUCGACGUCGAAGAGAUGAAUCGGAGGGUGGGCAAAUGGAAGUGGCUGGCCCCGAGGAGGAGGAGGAAAUUCCCAUUGAUAUUUUGGAAAAUUUACGAGGAAGAUCGACACGUCAGCAUGUUUCUGAUGAAGCUGUGGGUAGAGAAAUUAUAAGACGCUUCAAGAGUUUCAUCCGUGGUUUCAAAGAUCCAAAAUCUAAAAAGCUGAAAUAUCUCGAAGCAGUCAACUCGAUGGUGGCAGAAAAUCGCGAGUCGUUGGAAGUGGAUUAUGAUGAUUUGGCCAGUGAAAGUGGCGAGCAAAACAUCUGUUACUUUCUGCCAGAAGCACCUCUGCAGGUUCUUGGCUAUAUGGACCGCGCAGUGACCGAAGUGACUCUGUCGAUCUUUCCGUUCUUUCCUCGCAUCGCUCCUGAAGUUAAGGUAUGGUACCUUGGUUUCGAAAUUUUAUCGCUUGCUGUCCCACCACUGUGUUUCUCGCCAUCGGUGCUGCAACUAGUAAUGUUUCCAAUUUCCGUGGGUGCGUAUACGAGGGCUGCCUAUUGA